AUGGGUGGCGGUCCGAAAGUCCCGUACCCCAAGCACGUCUGGUCGCCUGCCGGUGGCUGGUACACGCAACCUUCAAACUGGCGCGCCAAUACGGCCGUGAUGGGUCUUGUCAUGUUCGGCGUCAUGUGCGGUGUCUGGAAGAUCAGCUCGGAGAAGGAGCACCGAUACAUCAUGCCAAAGGAGGGCGCUUUCUUCCCCAGCAGAUACUGGUCGAAGCAAUUGAUCGAGUACGACCAAGAACAAGCGGCGAAGAAGAAGGCGGCUGGCGAGGCGAGCUCAUAG